AUUGUCAUUUCGGCCGGUCAUACGAUAUUCGCAGAGCUUGUUAGUCGUUUUUGAGUUAUUCAUAGUGCAACGUAAUACUUUAAUACAAGUUUUUGCUAAAAACUGAUCUAAAUUGACUAUAUUUUGUGUGAUUUGUGAAGAAAGUGAUCCCAGAAUUGUAUGUUUUUGAAGUUUUGUUUGUUUUAAACGUUUGCUGUGUUGUGCUCGAGUAUUUUCCUUUUGAGGAAAACUGUUAAUCUUGAUUGUCCCAGCACUAUGAAGCUGGAAUGGGCCGAGAGCGAGUCGGACUACGGUCUGGAAGAAGCCGCGUUUUACGAAGGGCCGCCCGUCGCAGCGCCGCCCCCUACCAAGCAUGUCUCCUUCAGUCUGCGACUUGACCUGUGCGAUGAGGGUGGCGGUGCUGCGGACAGCAUCAAGACUGAGCCACCGGAGCCCGAGGAGCCGCGAGCUAUGCAGAAGGUGCCAUCACUCUCCGACCUUUCAGACCCUGAGGCCUCUCUAGAACAUGCUGCUAGCAACAAUAACACAUCAGAUGGUGAUGAGGAUGAUGACUUGGAUGAACGCGAUAUACUAAAUGAUGAAAAUUAUAAUUCUAAUUACUUUGAUGAUGAUGAAGAUGAUUAAAAUCAACUAAAUGAUUUAUAUUUAAAACAAUUUUAAGUAACUCUGACAAU